AUGCGCGCGUCGGACAUUCUUUUGCCCAUCGCGGCUGCCAGCAUUGUUGCCGGCUCACCUCUGGUCUUCGAAGAACGUGAUGCCAACACAUGUACAAUCAAAAGCAUUCAGUCUGUUGUCGCCAAAUUGAAUCCUGCUAUUGCCACACCUUAUUGCCAGUCUCUUCUCAAAAUUUCUACAAAAACUGCGACCAAAACAUUGAAACCUUCAAUUCCUUCAAAACAUAUCGUAACGACGACUGUGCACAAAACAAUCACUUCAACCAAGUAUGCUUAUGCUGCAAACCGAAAAAUGCAUGAAAGAUUAACAGUUCGCAGAAAAGUCACCAAAGAUGUCACGGCCACGACAUCUAGCUCAUUCAAUGCAUCGGACACAAGAGUCAAGAAGAGCACUAGCACAUCUAGCAAGAAAAGCAGCAGUUCUACCAAGAUCAGUAGCAGUCAAAAAGCCAGUAGCUCUGCCUCAUCUUCAAGCUCAUCGCGAUCGAGCUCGAGCUCAAGAACCAUGCCCGUUCCGUCAAAAGUAUCUUCCUCCAGCCCAUCCUCCAGCCACACUGUGGUACUGUCGACAAGCAGCAGUCUAUUGUCAUCAAGCAUGACCUCGGCGAGAUCAUCAAGCAGCAUCCCAUCAACUCCAACGUCAUCUUCCAGCAGCAUCAGAAGUUCGACAACGAGUUCAUCAAGCAGUGUCCAUCCUAUUUCAUCCUCGGUGGCCAUCACGCCAAGCAUGGGCUCUUCAAGCAGCAACCUGCCCAUGUUUAGCUCCAGCAGUACAUCACAAGGAAUUUCAAGCAUGACUUCCAUCACGGUAACAACUUCGGAUGUUGUGUCUACAUCGGAGAGUGACUCAACGUCGAAGUCAGAGACUGCCUCAAGCUCAUCAACCACCUCGGCAUCAUCUUCACCUCUGAUUACUGUGUCAACAACGGGCAGCAGUCAAUACACCUCCAUGAGUCCAUCCUCGAGUCCCUCAAGUAACACUACGGCCUCUACCGAUGUAGCCUCCUUCUCGAACACAACAUCGACAAGUACGGGAAGUACCGCACCAUCUGCAGGAUUUGGCAAUGUUACGUCGAGUGCAGCAGAAUCAAGCGCAGGGGUGGGUAAGCGUGACUUGGAGCAGCGUGGAAACGUGGCAGUGUCAACGAAGAAGACGACCAGCAGCAAAAAAGUGUCAUCGACGAAGAAGCCCAGCACAAGCGUCAAGUCGACCAGCACCAAGAAGGUGACGACCAGUAGCAAGAAAGCCAGUACCUCGUUAAAACCUAUCUCUACAACAAAGAAGGCCAUCUCGAGUACAAGUCCCGUCAAGACGUCAAGCAUUCCCAUCAACAAGGGCCAGCCAGCGCUUUUCAAUGGACUCAACAACGCACAGCAGUCAAGCAUCUGCAGCUGCUUGCACGUGCCUACUCCUACCUUCACAAGAAGCAUCUUUGUGGACACGUUUACCACGGUUACGUCAACAGUGACGGCUGUUCAAACUCUUGUCAGUUCGACCACAACGACAGCAUAUCACACUACGACGGCGAGACCUGAUCUCUUCUACAUGCAAGUUUCGAGCAAAAGCAAGACAUCGGUUGACGGACAGUGGGCGGUACUACGAGGCGAACUUCUUGGAUUCACGUCAGGAAAGGCGGGAGCCAGCGAGUUCUUCUUCGCCGAGCCCAAUUUGCUGGUAGAGUAUCAGUCGAACUUCUUGGCCAAUGUCGAAGGGGGAGAUUGGGCAACGUCUUUCUACAUGAACUCGGUUUGGAAGAUGUACAACGUGUCUGCGGUACCGCUGGCUUGUGGUAACAAGGGUGGAGUACUCUCAUGCCAGAGUGGUGAUCUCGAGCAGUUGUACUGGUGCUCGGUUUGGGGCACAACAUCUCUGGUUCUUGGGCCUUCAACCUACGACAAUGGGUUGUGCAAGCCUGUGUCGCUCGACAUUGUACCGGCAUGA